AUCUGUGUUUCAUAUUUAAAAUGUUUAUCUUUAUCUACUAGUUUAACAACCAACUAUAUUUUACCUUGUUAGUUGUUGGAUGAGUUCCAAAUUUCAAAAAUUUGGAUUUUGUCGUAAUAUAAAUAUUAAAAUCUGCACAAUGGAUAAAAUUAUUAAACCAUUAGGGUGUGAGGUACAUGGAAUCGACUUGAAAACUGAAAAUAGCCCUAAAAGUAAUAUUGAUUUUAAAUUUAAAUUAAAAUUACUUUACUUGUAAAUUUUACAGUUAUUGAACAGAUACGAAAAGAUGUUACUGAACAUAGAAUAUUAAUAUUUAAAGAUCAAGGUGUAAUUAGUGGUGAAAGACAUGUCGAGAUCAGUCGUUGGUUUGGUGAUUUAGAAUCAACAUUUUACAAACAUUCAAGAUCACCCCAUCCUGAUGUGUUUCGAGUAUCUAAUGAUGAAAAUGAAGGAUGUACAGGUAUACAGGGUGAUCAAUCCUUAAUUAGAUACUCAUCAUUUCAGAAAGAAUUAACUUUUUUUACAAUUUAUGAAACUAGCAACCCUAAAAUGUUACAUUACUGUUAUAUAUUUUUGGAUAUGAAACCAUUAUCCUUUUUUGAUUUUAAAAUAACAGCCUUUUAUUAAAAAUUCCAUAAAUAGAUAUAGUUUAAGUUUAAAUAUAUUUUGAUGUUGAAGUUUUUAAUUUCUGUCAACCCGUUGACAAGAUAUUCCACUUUUAAGUUUCAGUAGAGAAGAAUAGUAGAUUAUCAUUUGUGUGGUGUUUCCUCAAAGUGGAAUAUUUUGUCAAUGGUUAUAAGUAUUUAAACUAAAACUUCAUUGAUUUAUGGUAGGUAUUCUGAAUAUAGGUUGCUAUUUGAAAAUCUAAGGUGGAUAAUGUUUUCAUUUCCAAAAAUAUAAAUAACAAAAAUAAACAAUCAUGUAAGCUUUUAAGGCUAUAUUUGUAUCAUGAAUUAUUAAAAAAAUUAAUACUUUCUGAGAUAAUGAGUAUAUUAUCAAAUAUUGAUCAUUCUAUAAAUUAGAUUUUAUUUUAAUAAUUUAAAUAGUUAAUAAAACAGUAAAUUAAUAAAUAAAAGUUAUUAAAUGCAGUAUUUCAUUUUAAACUUAUACAUUUGUAUAUAACCAAUUAAUAUUAUUAAAUUAUUUAUACCUUUAUUUAUAUCAGAGUGAUCCUUUUUUCUAAUCUUAAAAUUUCCUUUUGGAUACCCGCCUAUCUUGUGUUGUAUAAUAAAAAAUUAUAUCCUCAAAGUGUGAAACCAUUUGGAUAAUAUUUAGUAGAGGUGCACGCUAUUUUAAUAUUUAAUAUCAAAAAGAUUGUAUGAAAUCAAUGAAAAUAGCAUACAAACAAUGGCAGAUUGUUUUGAUUUGAUUUGUUUAAUAAAAAACAGAGGACCUACUUUAAUCUAAAAAUCUUAAUGUCCGUUUUGAUAUAAUACAUGGGGAUUCGUUAAAUGAAGACGCUAAUAAACUAAUAAGCUUUUUAUCAUUAUUUUGUAAUUGAAAUUCAGAAUACGUAGAAUUUUAUACGAAUUUCAAGGGGACAAAACGCAAAAAUAAAUUUCAAUUUCAAUUUUUUUUUGUUAUCAAGAUUUGAGUUAUUGUGAGUUAUGUCUCGAGGUUGUACUUUAUUAAUAUUAUAAGUUAAACUAUUUUUUAACAUAGAAAUAAUUGGUAAUAUUGGUUUUAGUUGAUUUCUGAAACUCUUAAACAAUCUAAUCCCCAUGUAUGUGAUAUUAAAAUAAAAGACUUACAUUCUUCAGUAGUUGGGAAGGUAGAGGGAAAAUUGGAUGUAUAUCUGUAUGCAACAGUUAUUCAUUGCUAAUUAAAAAUGAUUCUGAGCAGAAUCCGGUUAUAUGUGUUUUUAAAGACCAUAAUAUUUAUGAUUUGAAAAUAAUAUACAUAGUUAAUUUUCCCGUUUUUUUUUUUUUUUAUUAUAAAAACUCCUUCAAAAAUGAUAGAAUGACCUCUCUAAAGUACCACUCUACAAUUUCCUUUUUAGAAAAAAUAUUACAUUUAAAAAUCAGAGCAAGAUUUGGUAGAAAACUUGUUUACAGAUAAAACAAGUAAUUAUUGUUAAGCCAAUACAUUUCUCUCUUCGCUUAUAAUUUAAAAGACAUUAUGAUCUUUGGAUUUAGAUAGGUCCUUUGUUUUUUAAUUUAAAAAAAAUAACUUGAAACUUGGUAGUAAUACUUAUAUUAGGCUUACCUAGACGUGGUCAAAUUUCCAAAAUCAUCGGACGCCUUUUUUUUUUUUUUAAUAAGCGUUAUGAAAUCAAAUUUAAACAAAAAUCGCAAAAAAAAUUACAGCUUUUCUAAUUAUGUAUUAACAAACUACACUCAAAAUUGUCUUUUGCCAAGCAAUGGUUUAACAUUGUUUACAGAUAUUAAUAAAAUAACCUUAUGUAUCCUACCUUUCCAGAUUCUCACCGACAACAGUGGCUGCUCAUCCCUAGUAUCAACUCUUUUUUUUUGUAAUUAAAUAUUACAACGAUGUGCACCUCCACUAAAUAUUACCAAAAUGGCCUCAAACUUUGAGGAUAUUGGUUUUUAUUGUACAUCACAAGAUAUGAGAGUUUCUUGAAGGAAAUUUUGAAAUUGGCAAAUUAAGGAUCACCCUAAUAUAUGAUAUAUUAUAAUAAUAAUCACAAAUUAAUUUGUGGUUAAAACCUAAAAUUGGUUAUAACUAGAAUUAGCAGUAAAAACUAGUUCGACCUAAGAGUGUUCAUAAAAACGUACUUUUACAGUUCUACAUCUGCUUGUAAAUUCUAUUUUGUGUUUUUACUGAAACAUUUUAAAUAAAUAAUAAAUAAUUUACAAUAUAAAUGUAAAUGAUUAUUUAUUAAAUUUUAGACUUAAUUAUAUUAAAACUAUAUAUUUUAAUUGUGCUAAGAAAAAUGGGCCAAAAUUAUUGUUAACAAAUACUGAAAAUUUAAGUUUAUGGGAAUACUAAAUAUUUAUAAUUACAUCAAUAUGUUUAUUUUAUUUUAUAGAAUUAUAAUUCUUAGUUAAUAUUUCUUUCUAAUUUUUAGUAGAGUAAUUUUCAAUAGUUUAAUGUAAAUACUAACAUUUUUAAUUUAACAUUAUUAUUUUCAGGUGUUGGAAGAUCAGGGUGGCACAUAGAUGGAACAUUUCAACCAGCACCGUUUAGCUAUUCUUUAUAUCAUAUGGUAUCAGUUCCUAAAGAAGGCCAUACAUUAUUUAUUCCACUUACUGAACUUAUCCAAAGUUUAGAUAAAGAUACUUAUGAUAUAUGGAAUCAAGCUUGGAUGGUUAGUGAUAGAAGAUCAUCACCUAUACAUCCACUUAUUUAUAAACAUCCAUUAACUGGCAAACCGGUAUAUUAGAUUGAUAACUGUAUAAAUGAUUUAUUUUAUUUCAAUAGUAAUUUAUUGUAGGUAUUAUGUUUUCAUUUGGGAAUGACUACUAGUUUUAUUUGGAAUUUUAACCUUCCAUCAAAAAGAGUUGCUACUGAUGAAGAAUAUAAAAAACUGUUAAAUUCUAUUGAGAGUAAAAUUAAUCAAAAUAAUGGACAAUUUAUAUAUGUGCAUAAGGUAUUUUAUUUAUAUAUUUAAAAAAAAAUGUUAUUAUAAUGAUUGUAAUAAGAUUUGUUUAUUUACCAAUAUUUAUCUCACUUAAUACUAUUUAAUUAGUAGUACCUAAAUGAUUCUAUUUUUACAAUAUUAUUUCUAGUGGGAACCUGGUGAUUUUAUUAUAUCUGAUAACUUAGCUGUUGGUCAUUUCGCUCACUCUAGUACACAGGCGCCUAGAAGUGAAGUUGGUCUUAGAAUACUACACAGAACUACUGUUAAAGGAACUGUUCGACCAAAGAAAUAGAACAAUUUUUUUUUAAAUAUAAUGUGAUUAAUGUUAUUAUAACUUUUAACUUUCAAGUAUGUAUGUGAUUUAUUCUUAAUCUUGCUUUGUGUAAUAAAAACUAUUAUUUUACCCUGUUAAAUUUAUAUUUUUUUAAUUAUAUUAUAAAUGGCUUAACUAACAAAUAUCUAUUGCUCUUAUUAUAUUGGUAUCACAAUGUUAUCUUUAAUAUUCCAUAUAGAGAAUAUAUUGUAGUUUGUAAACUUUAAAUUUGACGAUACACAAUCAUAUAAAUUAUAAUCAAUUUUUAUAUUUUAUAUACAUAGUUUGUAAUAAUAAUUAAGUUUGAUCAUAAUUUUUACAAUACUAGGUGAUGAUGUAUACAGGCUUUUGAUUCUGCUGACUAUUCAAUACUUAUUAAUCUGCUACUUUCAUUUGGUAUUAGGUAAUCAUAAUUUAAAUGGUUUAAAAGCUAUUUUAAAACAAGAAACAAAAAGUUAAAUUAAUGAAAUAGCUAAAGAUUAAACGUUAAUAAAUUGUGGUGUACCACAGACGAAU